AUGGAGAUGCGGUCCCCAUCAACGAGCAGUCAGGUCGAAGAGCGACAUGCGAUCCAUCGAGCCUCCAAAAAGAUUAGGGCAUGCACUCCGUGUAGACAACAAAAGUUACGUUGUGAUGCCUUGACAUCGGGCUCCAAGAGUUGCUCAAGAUGUGCACUGAAUGACAUCUCCUGCUAUUUCUCUACCAACUUUGAGCGAAAAAAGGCACGAAGCAAAGCCGAUCUCCAACGAGAAAUCGACUUGCUCCGCCACCAAGUGCGUCCACCAACAAUGUCCGAGCACGCCAGUGAAAAGUCUUCGGCAUCAGGCUUGCAAAUGGGAAUGCAGGCUGUGCAGGACACGGUCGCACACGUCGGCACUGCGCAAAGAGAAGAAUCUCUCGACCUGACAGUCGGCUCAACACCAGGCUCAUCCCGGGCGGCGCACGAGGCACGCUCGACGCAUCAAUCGUCGUCGACCACGACAGCGACCCGAGCACUUGACGGCAUCUAUGUGGAGGCUUUCAAGAUCAAUGACUGUUUCACUCUCUUCUUCAGGCACUACCACCGCACACUUCCCAUUCUGGAUCCCUCGUGGGAUCCCGAUACCGUCUAUCUGUUGUCUCCGUUUGUCUUCUGGUGUGUCGUCAUCACCGGCUCGAGGCGUUACGAUCUCGAUCCCACUAUCCUUCAUCGUCUGGCGCCUGGUGUAACUCAAAUGGCACUGCUGCAACUCUCACAAUUUCAGUCCUAUUUCCCCACGAUUUGUGGGUUGGUAAUGUUGUGCGUGUGGCCUUUGCCGAUGAAGACGGUGCACGAUGACCCGUCAUUGUUGUAUUCCGGCAUCGCCAUGCAGAUGGCCCUCCAGCAUGGUCUGCACUUGUUUCCGCAAAGUCAAGCUUAUGGCUGCCCAGUGCCCUAUCGAAGUGCCACGCGUGAGGCGUCUCUGGCCCGAGUGUGGGCAUAUGUCGAAUUCGUCUGCCACUGCACGAGCUGGACUAGCGGUACGCCCCCCCAUUUCUUUGCCAACGCUCUCGACUAUGCAAGCUGGACAGAGGACAUGGCCCAGUUGACUUCUCCAAGCAUCCGCUGGAUGCAGAAGUUCGAAACGCUUUGUACACGCGCCACGAUUGCCUUGUCUGAGGCCACUUUGGCUGUAGGCACCGAGCCAUGUCGGGGAGGGAUGCUCUGGAGCUUGAUCAAACUUUUCGAUGAGCAGAUUCUCGACAUCAGCCAAAAGGCGCGGGACGACAUAGCGGCCAAAGCCUCGGAAAAUAUCGAUAAAGUCUCCACCGGUCCAGCCAUGUACCCUAACUCGAUGAUUACCACCAUGUCUCGUGUGUACAUCAACUCAUACCACUUCCUCGGCACUGAUCCUGCCCUGCACUAUGCCGGUCUUGUCGGCCUUUUCCACCUGGCUUGUCAGUGGGCGGAGCAAGCGACCACUCUCGAUCAAGCGACCGACUGGGCUUUAUACUCAUCCGAGUCUUAUUUCCGCCACAUCGCAUUGGCCGCUGCAAUCAUUCUGCGAAUCUCACACAGUCCUCAGUUCAAGUCAACUGUCGACUUUGCUGCAGGUGAGAGGGCUUACUUCGCAGCCAUACGGAUACUCAAGCGUCGUAGCUUGCACACGGGAGAUGUCAAUGCUCAAGUGGCCCAGCGUUUGACCGAGCUAUGGCAUAAAGAUGAUUGUUUCAAGAAUUCAGAUGGGUCGUACGAUAGCUUGAACGUGCGCACCCGCAGCCGUGGAGUGAUGGGCAUCGUCUACGACUGCGUGUGGCCCACCAGUCGCGACCAGCAGGAAUCCAGCAGCGUGGGGGCCCUGAACCACCCCCCGCCCACUAGGCCUAGCAUGUCACAAGACGGGGGAGUGGAAGCGGUGGAGCAGUCCCUGUUCGAGAUGUCUGAACCUGUGGACAAGGAGAUUCUCGACUUUAUGGAUGGGUCCUCGUUAGAUCUGCUCUACAAUAACUUCCAAUGGACGCAGGAUGAUGGAUUUUGGACCUGAGAAGCUCGGGACACUCGACUUGUCACGGCAAAGCCCUUGCUCAACCAAGAAUGGAACUCCAAUCUGUCGUUUCAAUGUAGGAUUUGACGUCUGUCAGUUCGCUCACAUUGACUCCUGCUUGUUCUGGUAGAAUGGCUCCCUCUCCGCCAUCCCAGCCAAACUCUCGCACAUAGCAGGCCGUUUGCCCUACUUCCAGUCCGAACCCUCCCGGCCACGUGAGAUCGACCUCGUCAGCGGUCAAGAUCUGAAUCUUGGUCUUGACGCCAUUAAUGUCUCCCCACAGCUUCACGUACUCGGACAGGGACAUCAAUGCGCACGCCCCAAGUAAUGUCGUCUGUGGUGCCGCCUUCAAUACCAGAGCCUCGACGAAAAGACCGGUGUCCGUGGGUGGGUGGACAAAUGGUGUCCGGUGCAGACCUUCACCCUCUGAGGCAUCCGGAGAUAUGGACCGGAACACCACGACGCCAUCAUCACCCUGAUAUGUGUGAGCCGUCAACCAAUCCUAGGAGAAUGGCAUGAGAGUGAUGUUCACUCAGGUAGAACUCACCUUUCGGGGGGCCAGAAUUGGGUUCUUUUUCC